AUGGUGGCGGUGCCCUGGACGACCAAGGUCGAGUUCUUUGCUCAGUUCCGGCAACGGAUGGGCCAUUGCCGCAUGAUCAAGACGUUCAAGGUGCCGAACGACGACAAUUGGCCUCUGGCCAUGCGCUCGUACAACCUCGGCGGUGCUGCACACAAUCUCCGUUCCUUGGCGCUGACGCACGCGUCGGAGUGCUUCCAGCAGCUCGAUGAGCUCGGGUUCCCGUGGUCGCUGGAGCCAAACCAUUUCAGAAUGCCCGUUUUCGCGACGGCGGCGACUGGAGUCGUCCCGCGAUUCGAGAAGCACGUCAAGUUGGUCAAGCUUGAAUGGCUUGUCCAGGCGCUUCAGACGUACCAAGAUCACCACGGUGAUCUCGAAGUGCCCGUCGACUUUGCUGUGCCGCUUGGAGACGAGGGGCAGCCCGAGCUGGCCAAUGUGGCACUUGCGUACGCGCCGCGCGUGCUCCGUAGCCACUUUUAUUGGCUCGGGUCGGUCGAAGCCGACGUCUUGCACGACCUCGGCCUUUUCCGCGAACUGCUGACGUGGCCAUGCGUUCUGCGCCUCCUCUCGUGCUUCCAGAACAACGUCGGCGGCCGCAGCGUGCCCCGCGACUUUUGUGUGCCUCUGGACGCCGCGUGGCCGGAAGAGCACCAUGGCUUUGGUUUGGGCCAACUGGUGUGGUACCUCGGCAUCAAGUACGACGUGCUGCCCGAGGACAAGCGCCUCGCGAUCUACAAGAUGCAGUUGGAUUUCAACUCGCCAACGACAUGGGCACGCACGGUCCGCGGCCUUUGCCACUACGCCCACGUCAACGAGUCAACGUCGGUGCCGAAUGGUUUCGAGGUUCCGCUCACGCCCGAUUGGCCAUCGGACCUCCACGGUUUGCACCUUGGGCAGCUCUACCAGCAGCUCACGCAAGCAAUGGCGCUGCACCUCUUACCGCCGACAACGAAGGCGGACGUCGACGCGAUUCUCGCUGCCGUGGCGGCCCGCACGGACGAUGACGUGGGCCCGCGAGAGCUCUUGCCGUCUGCGACGGAGCUGCGCGAUCACGCAGCUCUGUACGCCGAGUUGCCGUCGCCCAUUCGGCGGGCAUGGACGGUCGUCAUCGAAGCGCUCACGACGUUUUUUGGUCUCUUUGGGCACGUCGACGUGCCGUUCGACUUUAUCGUGCCGACGACCGCAUCGUGGCCGUGGCCCGUCGCUCGUCGAGGGCUUGAGCUUGGGGCAAUCGUCGUCUCGCUUCGGACGGUGGCGCUCGACCCGAUGCAAAAGGCCUCCUUGGACGCGCUGGGCUUUGAUUCCGUCGCUCGUCACCACGAUGCCACGGUCGCUGAGGCAGCCGACAACGUUGAGAACGACGACAUUACGCUCUACGGCCUCGCGAUCUAUCGACGCGUCACAAAGGUAGCUCAAGUGGACCAGCGCUAUGUCAUUGAAGCUGACCCUGAAAAGUGGCCGGAGAAGCUCCAUGGCUAUCAACUCGGCUUCCAACUCCACACUCUUCGGCAUCAGCCGCCCGUUUUCUACGAAGAGUUUGAAGCCAAGCUCAAGACCGUUGGCUACGCGUGGCCAUGCACCACCAUGAGAUCCCCGCGAAGCGCACGCUGCUUGAAGCGUACGACGAUCCCGCAGGGGCUCACGCAUCGCCACGCAUUCCACGUGCACACUGUCAAACUCGCGACGUUGGUGGCGGCGCUCAAAACGUACGCAUCCAAGGUCGGGCCUUUGGAUGCCAUGGAAGACGACUUUGUGGUGCCCGAGACAGACAAGGCGUGGCCGGUCGACUCCCGCGACAUCGUACUCUCCCGAGUGCUUCCGGCUUUGCGGUACCACUGGUUUGAGCUCGAACCGAAGGAUGAAAAGCGUGUUCGGGCACUGGGGCUCUUCGCCGACAUCCCGCCCUUUGACGACUUUUUGAAGCUCGUCACUCGCUUGACCCGCCACGAUGAGACGUCGACCAUCCCGUUUGAUUUCAUCGUCCCAACUGGGCCGCCGUCGUCGACGUCGCGGUGGUCUGGCGCGCCGCUCGGCGAGCUCGCGUGGACGCUCGGCCUGCGGAUGCAUUGCUUGAGCGAUGCGAAAAAGGAGAAGCUGAACAAGAUCCAGUUCGAGUUCAACACGCCUGCCACGUGGGCGCGUGUCGUUCAGGGGCUGGAAACCUACUGCUCGCUCGAGGGCUCCAUCGACGUGCCCGAGUCGUACGAAGUGCCUCGCACACCCGAAUGGCCUGGCGACUUGCACGGCAUGCGGCUCGGGCAUGGCGUCAAGUUUCUCAUGGCGGCACGGUACAUGCUGAUGCUCCCGAACGACACCGACGACGCUGUGAAGACACUCGCUGCCCCAGUUGUUCGCACGCCGCUGCGAUGGGACGAGCUCGUACGCAACUAUGCCCGGGUGCAGGGUACGGUUGCAGCCUCGCCGAACGACGGCGUUGACGUCGGCAUGCAUCGACGCUCAUCGGAGCCCCCGGCGAGCCAACCCGUGCCGUCUUUCGCGCCCGAUCUCCUUGACCGUGCCUCAGUGGUCCAGCGCGCAACGAGCGACGGCAAUGCUGACGCUGAUGUGAACGAUGAUGACGUGGACAUGGGCUUCGAAGUCGACGACGACCAACGAGACGGCAGCUUCGGGGACCUAUCUCCGAACGAGAUCGGCGUCGACACGAUCGACGAGCCGCGUUUCGUUGCUCCUUUCUUUGAAGAGGGCGAUGACGUGCCACUACAUGCCGUCUCUGGCCACUCCUUGGUGGUCCAGCGCUCCCCAAGCAUCUGCGACGCUGACAUUGGCCGCAUGGGUGACAUCGAGCGUCCUGCGAACGGUGACAACCCGGACGGUGACCAAGGCAACGUUCUCGACACUGGCAACAGCAUCAGCCACGACGCAGGCCAAGAGUUUCAAGAGCAUGCCGCAGCCGCACGUAAGACCACGCGACGUGCGAAUACUUUUGGUUCCCGCCGACAAGGACAGCGGGAGCUUGAGGGAGCCCCUGCGCUUUUCCAGCAAGUUGCCCGCCGCACGCUAGUCCAGCGCACUGUUUUCGAGCAAGACGUGCCGUGGUUCUCGCAGCCGCCCCGCAUCUCCGCGGUCCCCGGUCCCCCAUACGUUUUCGUACCGCGACACACGGACCUCCCCGACGAUGAUCCCGCGUCCCCAAUCACAGAAGCCGUCGUGUAGCGACUAAAGCCAAUUUGAUUUUUCGUAUUCAUC